CAAGGCACACACUGGACAGGACAAGGACCACCUCUACCAGCCCACGACGUCCUUCGUGGUACAGCGUCUGCGGCAUCGAUACCAGCAGCAGCAAAGGGGAUCCACCCUCUCCCCUCGCUCUUCCAGCAUGGCUCCCAACCAAACCACUCUCGCCCGUCUGCAGACCAUCUCAGGUCUAGCCCUCACCACGCUCCUAGUCCUCACAAGCGCCCUCGCCUUUCUCACCUACCCAUCCCCCUCGGUCCUCUCCAACCCAAACCCACACGCAGCCUUGAAUGUUUCUGGAGUAGAGGUGCUACUAGGGAGAAAUCGAUGGCAUAUGGAUCGGAGGCAGCAGGAGUUCCUCGAGGUUAGAUUUGAAGGAGGGGUGGACCUUACGGGCAAGACGGACUUGGCUUCUUUCCUUCCUGAAAGCUUGUCGGGGGGCCACCAGGAUGCGACUAGGGACCAGACCCAGGGCAAAUCGGCGGGUCGCUCCCUCUGGAAUUGGAAUACCAAGCAGGUCUUCCUCUGGCUCGAGGUAGAGUGGAGGGAUUACCCAAAGGAAGUGGAACAGGGGCAGGGAGUGGGCGAGGGUAGACUGAAUAGGGCAGUAGUGUGGGAUCGCAUCGUACGCCGGAGAGAAGAUGCCAGAGUGGUGUUGAAUGGCAGGAACAAGUACGGCGUUAGGGCAGAGGGAGGUAAAUGGAGCAAGAUUCCCUCUGCCACUUUUACACUCCGGUGGAACAUUAUGCCUCACGUAGGACUUUUAGCCUAUGGCCAUGAAGCUUCCACUGGCUCAGUCCAAAUUCCAGCACGAGUGGUGGAGUUGGACGAGGAGGAGAUGGAGAAUAGGGAGACGGUCUGGGAUAUGCCUUACUAGAUGGCGAGACACACAGGGAGAGAGAGAACACCCCCUCCUCAAGAAAUAUCCAUAUGCACACUCCAAACACCACGUCGUGCGAGAGCCCGUCAAAGUGAAACCGAAAGCAGGGUAGAUUGGGAGAGCAGACUGGAAGAGGAACAGGUACCACGUACCAGGGAGACCAAUGCCAACCCUACUCGAACCUCUUAUAGGCAUGCGUCUCAUACUCCUUUUUCCUCUCACCUCCGUACUUCCUCCCACUCCUACCCUGCUUAGCCACAGGCAAUCUCGGCUCCACCCUUCCCUUGAUCAUGAGUCCAUCCCACUGAUCCCUGAAGAGGUUUCCCUCCGUCUUGACUCCCCUCAAUCCUUCACUGAGCUCCUCUCCCA